AUGUCGACCGUCAUACAAUCAACCAUUCCCCAGUCAGCAGUUACCCAGGCGGAGCGCGUGCUUCGACAUCGUCUGCAAGGAGGCUUCCUCAUCAGCCCAGAAACGACUCUCGAAUGGGCUUCAAGGCUCUCAAAUAAGCCGGUGACGAAAUUUCUUGCGGCAUGGCAAGUCAUCGAUCUACGGGUCGGCCGUAUGGGCGCAAGGUUCUCAAUGGUGGGAGAGGUAAUGUUCGGUCAAUUCAUGGUCGUCACGCAGAUCAAGAGAUUCCGUCAUGGCUAUUUGGGCAUGGAUCCGGCAAAAAUUCCCCAGUUCACGGAAGGAGCACCGGAGGCUAUCGCACGCAAGAUGUUGGAAGAAGAGGGUAUCCAUGAACCUCUCGAUGGGGGAUACGGCCCGGGCUGCAAGAUUAUCGGUGGUUAUGAUUUUGUCGGCGACGGAGAAUGGCCAUACGGGGACGCGGCGCCUGAUGAUGAUCCUAUGGAUGAUAUUGGUCAUGGAACCCACGUCUCUGGUCUCAUAAUUGGAAACUCUAGCUACUUCGUUGGCGUGGUACCAGAAGCUAAAAUGAUGAUGUACAAAGUUUUCGGAAAAUAUGACAUAACUUAUACCGAUGUCCUCGUUGCCGCUUUCGUUCGCGCCUAUCAGGACGGAGUUGACAUAAUCACUUCAAGCAUUAGCAGGAAUGCCGACGAAUUCUGGCCGGUUGUGGCUUCUCGUCUCGUAGACAAGGGUGUCUUCGUGUCUAUUGCGGCAGAAAAUAGCGGAAGUGCUGGGCCUUUCUAUGCUAGCAAUGGUGCCGCUAGAGAGAAUGUUGUCGCCGUCGCUUCUGUCGAGAACUCCAUCCUUGUAGCUGAAAAGGCCAACCUGACAUUCCAAGGCUCCGACCCUCGUGACGCGUCCUCUGCACUGAUAGGGUAUCUUUUGGCCAGUACUGAUGAUUUCCCUGUCAGCAUAAAGGAGUAUCCAAUUGCGGUUCUGUCCUAUAACCAGUCGAACCCUGCUGAGGCCUGCGAGGCCUACCCAGCUGGAACAGGUGAUUACUCCAAUUACACAGUGAUGGUCAGACGUGGUACAUAUACCUUCGCGGAAAAACUCAUCAACGUUGAGGUCCUCGGAGCCAGAUACAUCUUGUUCUACAACAAUGACGGACCAAUGGUGAAUCCUGAUAUUUCUAGCAUUAAUUAUAAUUCUACAAGUGCUCUCAUCACUGCCGAGACGGGUGCCAAAAUUAUUGAAGAGAUACAGGCUGGAAAGACUGUAGUCAUGGCUGCUUCAGGGAACUCCUCCGACAUCGUUGGGCUGGAUAACGAUUAUUAUGGAGCGCUUCCGAAUUAUUUCACGUCUUGGGGACCGUUGUAUGACUUGACCAUGAAGCCAGAAAUUGCUGCGCCAGGUGGAGACAUUUUAUCCACGUACCUCAAUGAUGAAUACGCUUUCCUAAGUGGAACAUCAAUGGCAACUCCUUACAUUGCCGGCGUAGCUGCCGCGUACGCCGGGAAAUUUGGUGGAAAACAGUCUCAGGGCACAUCAUUCGGAAAGACUGUCGCUAAGCGCAUUGUUACAAGCGGAUACGCGCUCCCUUGGACCAACUACUACAGCGAAAAAACGACAGGAGUCACUGCGAGUGCUGCUCAAGUUGGCGCUGGUAUGGUUGAUGCAGGAAAAGUGCUGCACUACACCUCUAGUGUCGAUACACUCAAGAUCCAGCUUAAUGACACUGCCAACUUCCAAGGCGAGCACGACAUCACAGUCACUAACUCUGCGUGGUACCCUGUUUUCUAUUCGCUUUCUACGCUGUCGGACGGUGCCGUCGACACUAUCGAUCAGGAUGACGGCACCAUCCUGCCAUUCUAUGGCUUUGGAGAGCCCCGCGUUGCUGUUCCGGGCGUGAAGUUUUCACCGUCGUUCUUGAUAGUCUGGCCUUACCAAUCCUCGACCGUUCAUGUUUCAUUUACGACGCCUGACGUGGACUCGUCAACGAUGCCACUUUAUAGCGGUCGAGUUGUCAUUUCGAGCAGUGUUGGAGAGGAGAUUUCUAUUCCAUACUUAGGUCUUGCCGGCGACCUAAGAAAUACUGAACAUCGAGUUAUGAACAAGCCCUGGUGGACAUUUGACCUACCCAAUCAAGAUUUCCCAAUCUUCUAUGUUGCGGUCCGGUAUGCUGUCACCGAGCUGCGAUUUGAUAUUUAUGAACCUGGGUAUACUGAGGAUCAAUGGGAGUACCCUCCUGUCGUUGGACAGAACGGGUAUGUUGGCACCGGCACGACAUACAACUCGAUCACCUCCAACAAUCACGAUCCCAACGUCGAUGACCCCACUGAUGUUUCUGCCUUCCCUGUCAACGAUCUUACUCGCAACGGUGGUGGAGCAUCCUCUUAUCACGAAUAUUGGUGGUUUGGCGCUCUUGGGAAUGGCUCUGACAUCGCGAAUGGACAGUACCACUUCCGUAUCGCUGCGUUGAAUCCGUUUGGAGAUAGAAGGCUGUCAAGUGAUUGGAGUAUCUGGGUAGAUGGGAUGCCAGAUAUUGUCACAGUAAACCGUACAAUUACGGACGUAGUUGAAUAG